AUGGCCGGGACAGGAUCACCUCGUAACUCCUCUCCUAGUGGCAGUUUGGAAGUUUUGAGGAUGCAGAUGGAUACUGGUUCAAUGACUCGUCAGUCAGCUAUGAUGAUUAAGCUUACUGAUGAAAGCCUUGCUGCCCUUAAAGUGGCUCAAAAGACUCAACAACCUGUGCGGUUAAAAAUUGAUAAACAGGGAGGUGCUAUUGAAAUUGGUUGCGGUGGACAGGCAACCAAAUUUCGUUUCGUCAUACAAGAAGUACCAGGAGCACCAGCUGAUGCUGUUUCUUAUGAUUGCCAAAAAAAGUACCGAACUGUAGCUACUUUUCAUUCCAAAAUACAGGUGCAAACCACCGCGAAGGCGCUUGCAGAAACACGCGAAAAGCUUAUCGAGGAGGAAAAAAAGAAGCAGAUAAAGGACUCAUCGAGACAUAAACGUGAGCAACGCCCAGUAACUGUGAAGCGUGCAACGAACCCAUUGGCAAUUGGCGCUCAACGUCCAAGUUCCUCAUCCUCCGUUCGAUCUCAUUAUUCCGAUUCUUCAAGCAAAAGUGCUGCAUCCAGAAGUUUGGGUAAUCAGCAACAACAGGUUUCUUCGAAUGCAUCAGCUGCGGGUGCACGAUCAUUUGUGCGUGCAGAAGUUUCAAGGCGGCCACUGAGGAAGCGUGUGAUACAUUUGGUUAUUCUUGGGCGAUUUUCUUCAGCAAAUGAAAUUAUUACUCAGAUACGGAAGGAUUCGUUGAGUGAGGAGAUCGCUCAAGAGGAUGCUGAUCGAAUACAAGAAAUUAUCGAUGAAAUUGGAGAAUCGAAUCGUGAAACUGGUCGACUGCAACUCAAACAAGCAUUUUAUAAUGAGGUGGAUGCGCGUUGGCCGGGUUUUAGUUCAGAUGAAAAAAGUUAUGUAAGAAAGAUUUUGUCUGGGAGUAUGGGUAAUAAUAUUUCAAAUUUCGCACCAGUCCGGAAAUCAAGAAUUGUUCCCAUGGUGGCACCUGGAUCAGGGACGGUGGUUAAUAAUACAAUUCUAUCAACGGAUGAUUCAUCUUUUCGUGUUGUGCAAAGUAAAUCUCCAGAAUCCACGGCGUCCAGUAUUAGCUCAAAAAGUCCCUCCGAGAUUAACAGUAAUGUAAAUACUACGGGGAUGGAUGGGAAAGCGAAUGAUGAUCUCAAUAAUUCAAAUAUGCAAAAUUCAAAGCGAAAAGCUCAUUCUAAUUCAAUAACAGCACCUUCUCAAAUUACAUCUAAGCGACCACGGCAGCACUCGUUAUCACCGCCGGAAGACCCAUCGAAUGCCAACUUAGCUAUGCAUCCACAGCAAACGAAAAAUAAUAGUCAACGUUCUACUGGACUGAAUGAUACUGAACGCCCAGCGGAACCAACGAACUCUGCAAACAUUCACUUAUUGUCUAGUUCCGUACCACAAACUAGUCGUGAUUGGUUGAAGGAGUUCCCAGAACCACGAAGUUUAGAGGAAGCGGAAGCAUACUACCUGAAGUUCCUAGAUGAUUACCCAAAAUAUCUGACAUGUUAUAAUCUCCUAUCAGCAGUAGUAAAUGAAUUCAAAGAAUUAGAAAGAAAGAUGAACGAGGCGCCAAAGAAUUCAAAAGAACAUGAAAAGGCAGAGGAAGCAAUAGAGAUGCGAUAUAUGCAUUAUCAGCGUAAUCCAGAAUAUUUGGAAACGAGACAGAGACAUGAAGAUUUGAGAUCAAAGUUGGAGGUUUUGAAGAAACAUGUAGAUUUCUGGGAAAAAAACCAAAGAAAACAAAUGGAUAGGACGAAUUUACACAAUAAUGGCAACAGCAGUAAUCAUCAUACGCUAAAGAAUGCUUCAGCAUUAUGA